GCCGCUGAUGCGAACGCUUUGUUCAUUUAGUUAGCUUGCAAACACGUUAGUGAUCCGUAUGAAUUAGUUAACUGACGUAGGUAACACUUGUCAAUGUGACGUGCAUGUCGUGUUGUCUAGCUAGGUAGCAAGCUGUCUUGGAUUUUAGGUCGUUGCUUGGUGCAGUGAGAUGACUGAACUAACACACGAGACAGAUACCAUGCCUGUCUGUUGCAGCCAAACUCGUCUGUUGUGUGAAUUGUCGGAUGGGGUUAUUGACCAGUUUUAGCCCGGCUAACCUCUCCUUGCUGCUUUAUCGGCCUGGCUGUCUGGUCAUUAUGGCCCAUAAACUAUCCGUAACAUAUUUGUCGCCUAAUUACAUUGUUUCUGCAGAGGAACCGCUGAACAAAGCUGCCAAAAAUCCUCCUUCCGUUUGGGAUGAGAAGAGCGCAGGUGCAGCAGCAGCGUUCAGGGCUGUGAGCUCAGUGACUCUCUGUGGGCUCAGGAUGGCGCAGGGAGGCCCUCAGUUAGACUAUCACAUCCUGCAGGACCUCAAGCAGCGCUUCCCCGAGAUCCCAGAGGGAGUAGUGUCCCAGUGCCUUCUGCAGAACAACAAUAACCUGGAUAUAUGCUGCCACCUGCUGGCUCAGGAGAGUAACAGAUACCUCUAUGGGGAGUACCAAAGUCCGGAGGAGAUCCGCCUGAGCCGGAACCACAUGCUGCACAUCCAGCUAGGGGGCUACCCCCCCUCGGAGGCGGGCAAGGCCAACGGAGGCGGGCGCUCCCUGGUGCACAGCUCCAGUGACGGUCACAUCGAGCCCCAGCGCGUCGGCUUCACGGAGCCCCUCUCGGCCCCCGCCACCAUAGCCCCCUCGCUGGGGUACAACCCCUUCUUCAUGAAUGACCACGGGGGGCGCACGGCCAGCACCCCCACUCCGCCUCCCGUGCAGGGAAUGUCCCCUACCUACUCGCCUGUUCCUCGCUACACCAUGAACCCUAUCACUGUCACCCUGUCCCAGAACCUGCCCAACGCCCCUCAGGCCCUGCAGAUCCCCGCCGGUCACUAUGGCAACAGUGGCGGUAAUGCCCUCUACAUCCGUCCCUCCCCCUCCCAGAGCCCCCAGCCCUCCCCCUGGCCCUCGUCCGGGCAGCCUGUGUAUCAGCCCUCGCCCUACACCACUCCCACCUACCAGUCCCCCUAUAGCUCUCCCCAGCACCAGCCCCAACAGCAGGUGCAGCCCCAACAGCAGGUGCAGCCCCAACAGCAGGUGCAGCACCAACCCCAGCACCAGCAGACACAUGUCUUCCUGCCCAUCAGCCCUCCCACCCUGGCCAGCAUGCCCUACCACCACCACCAGCAACAACAGCAGCAGCAGCCCAUCUACCGGCCGUACCUGCCCAAGAGCUCCCUGAAGAACCAGAUUGAGAUCACCCUGGAGGGCCCGCGGCCCCGCAGCAACUCCCCUGUGCACUGCCCCCCGGGACAGACUCUCUACAUGGCUACCAGCCCCUCGCCCAGCUCACCCCAGCGGGGCCUCAGCCUGAGCGGGGGGAACUCUGCCGCCUUCCACCCCGGGGUCUACCUGCACCAGUGCCCCGCGCGUCCCCGGCCCACCUCCUCACCCCAGCCAGGCAGCCAGGCGGGCUACACCUUUAAGAUCAAAGUGUCCCCAGGUCAGGCCCAGCAGCAGAGGCCCCUCUCAGGGUCCCCUCCAGUGGCCUCCCCUCCUGAAUCUCUGCUCAACAUGGUGGACCAGGGGGAGCAUCACGCGCUGGCCCCGGCACCCAUCCUGCCCAUCUCAGCCCUGCCCGGUAACAUCGUCAGCCACAUCGCCAACCGCCUGCCGCGCCGCUCCAGCUCGGGCUCUGACGACUACGCUUACACCCAGGCUCUCCUGCUGCACCAGAGGGCCCGGAUGGAGCGUCUGCUGAAGGAGCUGCUGAUGGAGAGGCAGAAGCUGGAGCAGCUGAAGGCAGACGUCAACGACAUGGAGUACGAUGCCCUCCAGCGACGCUUCAGGCGAGUCAACAGCACCAGCCUCAUCCCCCGGCCUGAAGAGAUGACCCGAUUGCGCAGUCUGAACAGACAGCUUCAGAUUGAUGUCGACUGCACCCUGAAGGAGACGGAUCUUCUGCAGUCUAUAGGGAAGUUCGAUCCGCAAGCCGAGAACAACUUUUAUAAGAACAUUCAGACCGGUCCGGUGGUACCGCCCAAGCCAGGAAGAAAAGAGACUCCCUGUGUGGACAUUCUCCAAAUGAUUUUGAAAGCAUUUCCUUCUCAGAAAGGUCUUAAAAUGGUGCUGUGUAUUUGUAUGAUUGGUGUGUGGCGCAAUGACGUUUAUUUAAUUUCGUGCUUGAUAUUGUAAUUUUGGGGUAACUCACUUUAUUCACCACUAAUCAGUCUCACCCUCAUUGGUGAUGGCAAUUUGACCCUGUAUAUGGCAGUAGUAGGAUAAAGGAGCAGGUUAUAAUUUAGCCAUGACACCAGUGCGAACAGCUCCCCUGCGCUUGCCAUGAAUGCCUAUGGGAUCCUUGCUGAACACAGUUAGGCCCUCUGUUAACAUUGGAAGGACUUUUCUUCCUCUUUUUUUCCCCCUGUUAUGUUUGGUAGUGUGAUGAUGAACCGGAUACGGCAGUUUUGCAGAGGGCGAGACCCGCCUAUUCAUUUAGAUGAAACCAGUGGGUAAGCAGCGCGGUUUCGUGCGAGGCUCGCGCUGCUCAGAAUAAAAUUACGCUGGUUCAAUUUACAAGAUUUGGUUGCGCGGCUCAUGGCCGAGAACACUUGAUAAAGUGGCUUGCUGUCUACUCCUGCCGGAAAAAAAGCGGUGUAGCGGCUAAAAAAAAACCUACUGUUUUCCCGACGCCCCAGUUUAUCUCCCCUAUAAGAGUUGUAGUAUCUGCUGUGUUUGUUGGUGCGAUACUAAGUAGAGCUGGGAAUCGCCAAGGACCUCACAAGACAAUAUUGUCACCAUAGUUAGGUGCCGAUACGAUAUGUAUUACGAUUCUCGCAAUUCUAUAUGUAAUGUGAUUUUUAUAUUGCAAUUUGAUGUUCUAAACAUAUUGCUGAGAAAACAAGUUUUGGUCCGUUAGGGAAAUAAAAGUGCUGAAAACAUGUUGGCUCAUGAUUGAGAACAAGCUGUAGGAUGAAAAAUCCAGGCGUUUUGGCGCAGGAACAGCUGACUAGCGAUAGUUAACGCUAAGUACUGAAGUGUAAAAAAAAAUAUAUAUAUAUAUAUAUAUAUAUAUACUAGGAGUCGAAUAUUUAUAUAUUAUCGUCCCAAAAUAAUAUUGCGGUGUGAAUUUUUUUUUACCGCAAUGUGUAAAGUGUUGGUUUCAUGAGCUGAAAUAAAAUAUCUGACAUUUUUCAUAUGCUCGAAAAGCAUAUUUCUCUCAAAUGUUUUUAUGUCCCUGUUAGGGAGCAUUUCUCCUUCGCCAAGAUAAUCCAUCAACCUGAUUGGUGUGGCAUAUCAAGAAGCUGAUUAAACAGCAUGAUCAUUACACGGGUGCAUCUUG